AUGGAAAUUUAAUUAAAUGAGGAAUAACAAAAAAUAUACAAUUUAGUAGUAAACUCAAAGAAAUCAGGUAUAACUAAAGCAAACCUUGCUAAAAAUGCUGGGCUCAAUACUAAGGAAGUUGAGAAGAUCAUUAAAACAUUGGAAAAUAGAGACAAGAUCAAAUCAGUCCGUCCAAAUGGCAGAACAACAGGAGUUAAACUUUGGAUAGAUUUUAAUCAAACUCUUGAUUCCAGUUUACCCACUAAUGUUUUUAGACAAGCUGAUUAGGGUGUAGAUGAUGAAUUGAUUGAAAGAAUAAAACAAAAGCUAAUUUAUUUUAUGCAACAAUAAUGCGAUGGCAGAGCAUCUUUGGAUGAAAUACGUCGUGUUUAUAAAGCUUAAUAGUCAGAGCAUUAUGAUGAAAUGGAUUUUGAUCGAAUAGUCAACCUUUUAAAGUAUGAUUCAAUACUCAUUGAAGAAGAAAAUUCUUUCUUCAAAUUAAAUCCUUUUAGAUAGCAAAAAUUCUAAUUUUAUUUAUCUUAUUUACCUUGUUAAACAUGUCCUGUGUUUAAUUAAUGCAAACCAGGUAAUACAAUCAGUCCAGAAAAAUGUGUUUUUGAAUGGUGA